AUGCCUGUUUUAAAAGGAGCCAAUGAAAGAGUCGUAGUCAUGGAUUAUUCACUAGGAAGAGAGCGAGACUGCUUUGAACUGUUUAGCCUGCAAACACCCUAUUGGGAACGAACGAUUCUUCUCCGGCGCCUCUCCUUUGUCCUCGCUUCGUCGUCUGUGAAUCGUUUCAGAUCGGACCGUAUCGUUAGAAUCCUCCGUUUUAGGCAUAGUUUGAUUCAUGUUAAGAAGAAAUGUCACGAGCCACGAAGUACGCCGGGAACUAUAACUAACAAGGCAUGGGGGGUUGCGACUGAAGAGAGGCUCCAAGCAUGGCCUAGAACCGCUGGUCCUCCCGUUGUCAUGAACCCUAUCAGUCGCCAGAACUUCAUCGUCAAGUCCCGCCCUGAAUAA